AUGAAGCUCACACAUCUACUCGGCCUCUUGGCCGUUACAACAUCAUCGGUCUCAGCGGUUGACCUUACCGGCUAUGAUUUCAUUGUCGUGGGCUCUGGUGCCGGAGGCGGUGUUCUAGCCGCCCGUUUCGCUCUGAACGGUCGCAAAACCCUCCUCAUCGAAGCUGGUGAUGACCAGGGUGCCAACGAAAAUUAUACUGUCCCAGCAUACCAAGCCAAGUCCACAGAAGAUGACUCCAUGGCAUGGGACUUCUUCGUUCGCCAUUACUACGAUGAUGCCCGUCAGGCGCGUGAUUUUAAGACUUCGUAUGACACACCUGGCGGUGGUGAAUACACUGGUCUCAACCCACCGCCGGGAUCGCGGAUGAAGGGCACGCUUUAUCCCCGGUCCGGGACCCUCGGAGGAUGUACGGCGCACAACGCACUCAUAGCCGUCUACCCGCAUCGCUCCGACUUUGACUACAUUGCCGGCCUCACGGGCGACCAGUCAUGGGCUGCGUCCAACAUGCGUAACUACUUCGUCCGCAUGGAAAGGAACCGCUACCUGCUCCCCCUGCAACCUGGACACGGUUAUAACGGCUGGCUAACUACGGAGACCGCUCCGCUCACCCUUGCUCUGCUGGAUCCGCAACUGUUGAGUCUUGUGUCUGGGGGCGCCUUCGCGCUUGGUAAUCAAACAAACCUGGUUGUCAACCUCGCCACCCUUACCCUCGGAGACGCCAACUCUGCCGCCUCGAAUCGGGACACGCAGCCUGGAUACUACCAAAUCCCCGUCUCCAGUAACGGUGCCAAUCGUGUCGGAUCGCGAGAGUUCGUCGUCGCUGUUCGUGAUGCGAAGAAUUUUGACGGGAGCAAGAGGUAUCCCCUUGAUGUGCGGUUGAACUGUCACGUCACCAAGGUACUCUUUAAUACCAAUGUUUCCCCUCCCCGUGCGACUGGUGUAGAGUUUCUCGACGGCAAAUAUCUUUACCGCGCUAGCCCACGCUCCCGAAAUGCGGGUUCGGGCGUCCGCGGUACAGCGACUGCGUCCAGGGAAGUCAUCAUUUCCGGAGGUUCAUACAACUCGCCCCAGAUUCUCAAACUAAGCGGCAUCGGUCCUGCCGAGGAACUCCAGCGUUUGGGAAUUCCAGUUAUCAAGAACCUCCCCGGCGUUGGGGGAAAUUUGCAGGAUCACUAUGAGAUCGCCGUCCAGGGCCGCACGCCAGCCAAUUUCAGUGCUUUGAAUGGAUGCACGUUUGGUUUCUACGGGCAGCCAGAUCCGUGCCUGACCAGAUGGAAAAACCCUAUUCUUGGUGACCGCGGAAUAUACGAGUCUUCUGGGUUCGCGGCGGCUACGUUCUACAAGAGCACCGUGGCGGAGAGGAAUGAGUGGGAUGUAUUCGCGUUUGGUGGGCCGGUUAACUUCCGCGGAUACUUCCCCAACUACAGCAUUAACGCGACGAUCGAUCACGACUGGUUCACCUGGGCUAUUCUCAAGUCCCAUCCAAGGAACACUGCCGGCUCGGUGAAGCUGCGAUCAGCCGACCCUCUGGACGUGCCCGAUAUCCUUUACAACUACUUUGAUACCGGCUCCGGCGACUCCAAUGCUGAUCUGCAAGCUAUGGCAGAGACAGUGAAGCUUGCUCGUGAUGCCUUCGCCCGUCAACUGAUACCCGUUCGUGAGGUUCUUCCCGGCGCCGGAAUCACAUCUCAGGAAGCCAUUAAGCAAUACAUCAAGGACACAGCUUGGGGUCAUCACGCCUCAUCUACCUGCGCGAUUGGCGCAGACAAUGAUCCCAUGGCUGUGUUGGAUUCCAGCUUCAGAGUCCGAGGUGUCGCUGGUCUCAGAGUUGUAGAUGCUUCCGUUUAUCCCCGUAUUCCGGGUACCUUCACGGCUGUUUCCACCUACAUGGUCGGCGAAAAGGCGGCUGAUGUAAUCCUUAGCCAGAACCGAUAA